AUGUCGAAAAUUACAAAGAGAAAACACGUUAUGAACGAGACAUUUUGGGAUGAUUAUGAGUUACCUAAAGAAAAUCAAAGUAUUGUAAAAGUUUUGAAAAGCAGAGGGAACAAUCUUCACGAGAUCACAACGCCUUCUGGAGAAGAAUACUUAGUAUCAAUGCCAGUCAAGUUUCGUAAAAAUAUUUGGGUAAAGCGCGGGGACUACAUCCUCGUUGAACCCAUAACAGAAGGAGAUAAAGUGAAAGCCGAAAUCGUAAAAAUUAUGAACAAAGACUCCAUAAAAUAUUACAAAGAAAAUAAUGUGUGGCCAAAAGAAUUUGAUGAUAGUAAAAAGGAACAAACUGAGCAAGAUGAUGAUAUAAUAUCAGGAUCAUAUCUUAAUCUAGUUUUCGACAAAUGCCAAGGUGCUACAAUAGGUGUGGAUUUCAUGAUCAAAACGGUAGAAGUUGAUGGAGAGAAAGUGAAGUUACAAAUAUGGGACACCGCAGGGCAAGAGAGGUUUAGAUCAAUAACACAAAGUUAUUAUCGCUCAGCUCAUGCUUUAAUAUUAGUUUAUGACAUAUCUUGCCAACCUACUUUUGAUUGCUUGCCUGAUUGGCUAAGGGAAAUAGAAGAAUAUGCAAACAAUAAAGUUCUCAGAAUAUUAGUUGGUAAUAAAACUGACAGGGAGGAUAGAGAAAUCCCUCGGCACAUAGGUGAUGAUUUUGCACAACGACAUGGAAUGUAUUUCCUAGAGACAUCAGCAAAGGAGGCUGAAAAUGUUGAAAGACUGUUCAUGGAGAUUGCAGUGGAAUUAAUGGAGCAAGCAAAAUGCAAAGAAUUGCCAAAAUACGAUGGAAGUUUAGGUCCCAUCAAUGGCAAAACAUCAUCUAUUAGUGAUAGUUCUUGCUGUCUCCGAACA